GCGUAGUUCAGAGCGCCGCUUAGCGGUCUGUGUGUGCCAUAUUGUCACUGAGACAGCAAAAAACCUGUAUCUUAGAAAGAGAUUUAAAACAUAAAUAAUAAAUAAGCUGCCCGGACGCUGGGGUGGAUAUUUCUCAUCACCGCUUACGGUUCAUCUGAGAGUAUUUAGGCAUGUCACGGCCUUGACACAAUCCCCUUUAUCUCUGAAGUCACCAUCUCUUUCUGUGCCAAGCUGUCAGAUAUGUCUGGUCCAGUGCAGAGCCGAGCUCGGGUUUACACCGAAGUAAACACACACCGGCCCCGAGAAUACUGGGAUUACGAGUCCCAUGUGGUGGACUGGGGAAAUCAGGAUGAUUUCCAGCUUGUGCGGAAGCUUGGGCGCGGGAAAUACAGCGAAGUGUUUGAGGCAGUUAACAUCACCAACAAUGAGAAAGUGGUGGUAAAAAUCCUGAAGCCUGUGAAAAAGAAGAAAAUAAAGCGUGAGAUAAAGAUCCUGGAGAACCUGCGAGGAGGUCCAAACAUCAUCUCACUCAUAGACAUUGUAAAAGAUCCGGUGUCUCGAACUCCUGCCUUGGUUUUUGAGCAUGUUAACAACACAGACUUUAAGCAACUCUAUCAGACCCUGACAGACUACGACAUCCGCUUCUACAUGUUUGAAAUCCUGAAGGCUCUUGAUUACUGCCACAGUAUGGGAAUAAUGCACCGAGACGUCAAACCUCACAACGUCAUGAUCGACCACGAACACAGGAAGUUGCGUCUUAUUGAUUGGGGUCUGGCGGAGUUCUAUCACCCGGGGCAGGAGUACAACGUCCGAGUCGCCUCACGUUACUUCAAAGGACCGGAGCUUCUCGUCGACUAUCAGAUGUACGAUUACAGUCUGGACAUGUGGAGUCUAGGCUGCAUGCUGGCCAGCAUGAUUUUCAGGAAGGAGCCUUUCUUCCAUGGCCAUGACAACUACGACCAGUUGGUGAGAAUAGCUAAAGUCCUGGGAACCGAAGACCUCUACGAUUACAUCGACAAAUACAACAUCGAGCUGGAGCCUCGCUUCAAUGACAUCCUGGGAAGACAUUCCCGUAAACGAUGGGAACGCUUCGUACACAGUGAGAAUCAGCACCUGGUGAGUCCCGAGGCUUUGGACUUCCUGGAUAAACUUCUGCGAUACGAUCAUCAGGCACGGCUGACGGCUCGGGAGGCCAUGGAGCAUCCCUACUUCUACCCUGUGGUGAAGGAUCAGUCUCGCAUGGUGGGUCCCUCUAACGUUCCAGCUCUGAACACUGCAGUGAGCACCGCCAGUCUGAUCACCGGGAUCGCUGCUCUCCCCGCCUCCACAGCUCUCGGCCCGCUGGCUGGCUCGCCCGUCCUCUCAGCUGCCAACAACCUCAGCGCCGUCGUGCCCGCCGCCGCCGGUACCACUCAGUGAUGCUGAGGGCUGGAUGAUCUCUGACCCUCCGGUUCAGCCUGCAGGGGAUGAUGGGGAAAGGAGAAUCCUUCUGUUUACCCCGCCCCCUGCUCUUCCUGACUCCGCCCCCUUUCCCUCUCCUAAUUAAGUUAAACAAACUCUUGACUUGUUUAACAGUUUACCUGAACCAUAUGGACUAUACAGUGUGUGUGUGUGUGUGUGUGUGUGAGUGUGUGAGUGAGUUUAAGCACAUUUUGUCCUCAUGUUAGUUAAGUGUUGAUUUAUGAUUAGCUCUACGCUAUAAUCUCAUUCAGCUAAUCACAAAUCAGCUCCUGGUUUUUUUCACUGACUCGGAGCCUCUUUUUUUAUGUAUUAUCGCAGUUCCACCGGAUUGAUUGCAGAGUAGAAGCAGAAACUCGCAACAACAAUCAUCCGUUUCUUCACAUAACAUUUGUUUAUUUUUUCCAUAAUAAAUAACGAUUAUGCAAAAACCCUCUAAUCCAGCAUGUUGUUUGUUUUCCCAGGUUAUCUGCUCCGUGUCGGUGUAAAAGCUUUAGCCGUGAGCUCCACUGUGUGUCUGUAGAGUUUUACUCAUACUGGUGCUGUUAGAACACUCCUCGUGCUCGUGAGCGUCACACACACACACCGGAGCGGUAAACGACACGACGCCUGCAUUUACAUGCUGCACAAACGUCACGUCUUCGCCACGUGGAGAGCAGGAAGUGAAAUGAAUCGGCAAUAUCACGUUAUUCUCAUGUUUACGUUCCAAAACUUGCUGCUAUUCUCUUCAGACUCGAUCUUUAGAGGAUUAAAUUCAAUCUCAAUACAUUUCAACCCCAAAGUAUUAACUGUGUGUCAUUAGCUCCUCCUCUUCUCAGCCGGGCCAAGCUUCACUCUGAUUGGUUGAUGGUGAGAACUGGCGGACCAAUCAGAAGGCUUUCUCUUAACAGUUUUGCGUGUCGUUUAUCUCCGGUACACGUGCCUGUUUACAGAGAGACUCUCCAGACUUUCACAUAGGUUCCAAGUGCAGAUGAUUUUCACCAUGAUGCACUUUUGUAAAUUAAAGCCAACGGAAAAAUACAGAUAUUGUGUAAGUUGUGUAGAAAAGAAUCGUUGUGUAGAUAGUGUGUACAAUAAAGGUGUGACACGCUGAGUGACGUCACACACCAAAGUCCUGAAAGCUUUCUAAUCGUCAUCAGACCCGUAACUCCUCACGCGGACGUUUCAGAAACGUGCUGAUGGACACGACAGAAUCGCUCGAACACGUGACCCCAGUGAGUCCAUGUUCUUUCCCGUAUUGUGAUUUUUUUUUUUUCUGUCGCUCCUCCAAGGAUUUUAACUCCUCUAAAGAUUAUAACAAUCUUUUACAUGGUUUUGUUUGUUUUUAUUUACGUUCCUGGUGUUUUUCCUCUCUCUCUCUCUCUCUCUCUCUCUCUCUCUCUCUCUCUCUCUCUCACACGCUU